AUGGCGUUGGCCCUGCCAUAUCUUCUUACUUCCAUUCCCAUCCUUCUUCUUCUCCUUCUUCACGCUUCGCUUUCUGUUUCUGCCCAACCAAUCCACCUCGAAAUCAACCAAAUCAACCUCAAAAUCUCUCACCUAGAAUCGGUUCUUGAAGAAAGCAAUACAAGAUUAAGGGAAAGGGAUGUGUACCUGGAGGAGUGUGAUAAGCGAAUGAUUGAAUUGUCCGAACAAAUUCACCGUCUGGAAUCUACUCUCUCUACAAUGAAGGCUGCCUCAUUGCAUGUCGAGAGAAAGUACAAAGCUCUGGAGGAAGAGGUACAACUUCUUUGGCAUACCUUGAGAAGGAACAACUUUGAUCUUCAUAUUUUGAAAUCUAAAGCACAAGAAACCGAGGAGAGACUGGAGGAGGUUACUUCAAGACUUGAAAAGAUGGGUGCCAUUGUGAAUGAACAGUGGAUUCAAGUUCAACAUCUGGAACAGGCUCUUCACAUUACUAAAGUGAGGACUCUAAAGGCUCAAAGGUUAAGAAGCGUUACAAGAUGCACAUUCUUGAAGUUUUUCAACAUCCUUCUUGACGAUCUUCGGGCACUUGAUUCAUAUUUAUUUGGCGAAAGGACUGCAGUCAGUUCACUCAUCUCACAGGCUAUAGAUAAGUUGAAGAGAGGCUCCUCACUGACCAAAAAGUAUCACCAUCAGCUUCAAGGUUUCAUCAAAGAUCGGAUGGAGACAAAUGAAUUGACUGCAUCUCUUGCCAAUGAAGAAUUAGUCUUCUUCCUGGCUUCUGCUUUAAUCAUCUUUCCAGUAAUGAGUGCUUGGAUGUUGCUCUCUUCGUAA